UUUUUGAGUUUGACAUAAUGACAAUUAGCAGAAGCAAAAUCGUAUUUAAAGCCUGAAGAGUGUAACUUCUAGAAAAAUAGUAAAAAAAAUAUAGUAUCAAUUAAAUUUGCUAUUUGCUGUGUAUAAUUUUUUAUUCGAUUGAUUAAAAAUGUUUACCCGUCAUGCUACAUCAUUAAUUUCCCGCAGUGGUUAUUUCAAUAAAACUACUCCAAUUUUAAGGCAGAUUUCAAUCACUCCAAUUAAUCGAGAAAUUGUAAAAAUUCAAAGCCCAGAGGAUUUCAAAGAUAAAGUUAUUAAUAGCAAAGUGCCAGUGGUGGUCGAUUUUUUUGCGACAUGGUGUAAUCCAUGCAGACUUUUAACUCCACGCCUUGAGUCAAUUAUAUCAGAAAAUAAGGGUAAAGUUGUAUUGGCUAAAGUGGAUAUUGAUGAGCAAACAGACCUUGCUCUAGACUAUGAUAUAAGUUCAGUUCCAGUACUAGUAGCCAUAAAGAAUGGAAAAGUACAACAGCGUUUGGUUGGCCUACAAGACACAGAUAAACUUAGAAAAUGGAUUGGACAGCUUACUUCUGAAGAAGUUAAAGUUGAAGCUUAAACAACAAUAAUUUUAUUUGUAUGUUAUUACCAUAAUAUUAUUACAACUCUUGAAAUGUACUAGUUGGGAUUAAUAGAGCAAAAAAAAA